AUGGAUAAGUCUUCUUUGCUUUCUCUUGGUCUUUGCUUACUUGUCAUGUUUCAUGUCUCCUUAGCUCAGAUUGGGCAUCAUCAAUCAUGGGGAGCCCAAAGACAGCAGCAUCAUCAGUGGCAGCCUCUGCGGCAGCAUCAGCAGGAGCAACGCCGGUUCAGAGAAGAGAGAGACUGUAGGAUUGAGAACCUCAAUGCUCUUGAACCCACUCACAGGGUAGAGUCCGAAGCUGUGAUCGAGUUCUGGGACCAGUAUAACGACCAAUUGGAGUGUGCCGGCGUUGCCUUUGCUCGCUAUUCUAUCCGACCCAGAGGCCUACUCUUGCCUUCCUACACCAGUGCACCUAAGCUUAUCUUCAUUGUCGAAGGUAGGGGAUACCAACAAAACUCGUUACCAGGUUGCCCUGAGACAUUCCAAUCAUCCCAACGAGAAGGACAAGGAGGAGAAGGAGAACAAGGCUAUCAAUCCAGAGAUCAGCACCAGAGUAUCCAACGGUUCCAACGAGGUGAUAUCCUGGUUGUUCCCAACGGCAUGGCACACUGUAUCUACAACGAUGGAGAAAACAAUCUCGUCCUCGUUGCCCUUUACGACUCCACCAACGACUUAAACCAGCUUAACAAUAGAAACAGGAAAUUCCUCCUCGCUGGAAACCCACAAAGACAGGAACAAGGCUCACAAGGCUCACAAGGCUCACAAGACUCACAAGGCUCACAAGUCAGCCUCUUCAAUGGCUUCGAUACGCAAUGGUUGUCUGAAGCGUUGGGAGUGGAUGAGGAGACUGCAAGGAGGCUACAGGGUGAAGACGACAACAGGGGCAUUAUCGUGAGUGUGGAGCAUGGGCUUCAGGUGAUAUCCCCACCAAGAGGGGAAGAAGAGGAACAGAGAGAGCGACAAGGGAGACCAUGGAAUGGGUUGGAGGAAACCUUCUGCAGCGUGAGGCUCAGGGAGAACAUAGAGGACCCUACAAGAGCUGACGUGUACAACCCACAUGGCGGACGCAUCACCAGCCUCAACAGCGAGAAGCUCCCCAUUCUCAACUACCUCCAACUCAGCGCCGAGCUUGGCGUCCUCUACAGCAAUGGGAUACUUGCACCACACUGGAACAUCAACGCACACAGCGUGAUCUACGUGACAAGGGGAAAUGCAAGGGUGCAGGUCGUGGGGAACAAGGGAGAGAGAGUGUACGAUGGGAAUCUGAGUGAAGGACAGUUGCUGGUGGUGCCUCAGGGCUAUGUGGUGCUGAAGCAGGCGACCGAUGAGGGGUUCGAGUGGAUAUCGUUUAAGACAAACGAAAACGCCAUAACGAGCCAUCUGGCUGGGAGGACUUCGGCGUUGAGAGCAUCGCCGGAGGAGGUGCUGGUGAAUGCGUAUCAGAUCCAAAGGGAGGAAGCUAGGAGGAUUAAAUAUGGCAGAGAUGAAGCUGUGGUUUUGUCUGCGUCAAGGUCUGGGUACCAGGGACAGGGCCAGAGACAGGGCCAGGGCCAAAGACAGGGCCAGGGCCGCCAAGGCCAAGGAAGGCCUUCUGCGUGAUCAAAUAUGCAAUAUUAGGGUUCUUAGAGAAUAAAAACCUUUCUCCGUUGGGGGUUCCGAACUCGGCCCUGGUUAGGUUUUGUAGCCUAGUCCUGUAGUAGGAAUAAGCAACUUUUGAGUGUUGAGUUAAUAAUAAGUAAACAUUUUGGGUAACAAAAUAAAUUAAAUCUACUUUUAAUCAC